GGCACCUCUUCCGUCCUUCACACCUUGUCCGGCGCUCAUCCGACAUCGUCUAAAUUGCAGAUAUCUUUGCAAGAGAUGAUUUCAACUUCCAUCGCCCUGAAGUCCAGUCUCGAUAUCGAGGUCAUCGAUACGCCGAACGAAGCAGGUUGGGCUGCCACUUUGCUCGAUCAUCAGUCUCGUGCGCGUUCUCGCUCGCUGUCACGGAAGAGCAUUGCGAGUAUCAGUGUCAAGUCGUACAGCCCAGAUGGUCAGCGUACACAUGAGCAGGAGGGCGUGCCGUCUCACGUGGCUGUUGCAAUUGCUGGGCUGCAAAGAGAGAUAUUAAUGCUCAGGAGCGAGCUCAAUUUCGAGUUGUGGAUGGCUCGGGAGAACGUCAAGCACAUUGGGCGACUGUACCAGGAUCGCGUAGUCUCCAGAACUGCCGAGGUUGAACGGCAAGGGUUGCACAAUCGACUUCGAGAGUAUAAAGCAGAAGUGUAUCGCCUGCAGAAGGAGGUCAAGGAGCAAAAAGAACAAGCGCUCAAGGUUAAGAAUCAGUACGCGGACUGGAACCGCAAAUUGCAAGAUAGGAUCAAGGAGUUCCGGAACGAGAAGAGCUCCUGGCAAACUGAAGCGUCUGCGAUGCGCGCCGCUCACAAGGAAACCCAGGAUAGCUUCGCCGCUCAGAGCAAGCUUUUGUCGGAAGCGAAUCACAAGGUUUUCGAGCUGAAGACAGAUAUUAAAGCGAACCAGCACAAAGUCGAUAGGCUGCAUGACUAUGAACGCCAGAUUGAGCAGCUCAUUAAGCUACAAAGAUUAUGGGAAGCGGAUGUCCUCAAGCUAAACAGUCAAACAGAGUUCCUCAGUGAGUGUGCUAGUACGUACAAGAAGAUGGAAUUGCGUGUGGCGAACUAUCAGCAAGUCCAAGAGGAGCUUGAAGAGAAGAUAAGACGUCAGCAGCAAGAAAUAGAGUCUCUGGAAGCUCGGUUAUCCGUCACCCAUAAACAACUGGCGGCAUCUCGGAAGGCCGCCAGCAAGAGUUCUUCACCUGCUGCACACAGCGAAUGGACACAGCAAGCAGCGACAAACAAGCGUCUUCGCGAUGAGAACUCGGUCCUCUACGAUGAGAACGAGGAGCUGAAAGCGAUGAUUGAGAUGCUCAAGGCACAAGUAAGCGGGCGGACGGGGCUGGUGUCUGACCCUCGGGCCUCGCCAUUCAUAGGACCUACGCUGAGUAUUUGAGCCGAUACACUUUCUGUGCUAUACAUAAUUGUAUCCUUCUCUGUAAACCACUGCGAUAAUUGAGAAUGCUGCGUUUCAAGAAUA